UUCCUACAGUCACGAUGCAGUCAGCCUCCUGUGGACCGCCUCAGCAGCAUGACGCCUCCAGCAGGCCUUCUCUCUCUGUCUGUGUGUCUUGGCAUGCUUUCUUCUUCUCCUCUACCUCAUCUGAACCCUGCUGGUGAUCCAGGCUGCUUCAAGGUCAACAGCUGCAAAUGCAUCAUGAAGGACGGCAGUGGAGUGAUAAACCUGAGAGGCAUGGGAGACGCAGACGGUUUCUUGGGGCGUUUGAGGGCCGUCCCAGUGGACAACACGUCUGUGGACACGGAGAGCGUGUUUUCCUUCAGUCCCUGCCAGGUUUUCUCCCAGCCACAGGAUCUGGACCUGCCAGGAGGCGCCUGCUCCGGUGUUGCUGCCUGCCUCAUCGUCAGGUCCCCGGGGCCCAGGGGCCACAUCAGCCACUAUGUGAACUAUGGGAUGCACGAGGGCAAUGAGUUCCACUACAACCAGAGUCUGAAGACGCUGACCGUGUUUUACUUUGCUCAUGGGGAACAGCCAAUGACUGCAGCCCAUUACCACUGCAGUCCCAACCAGUCCAUGUCCUCCCUCCGAGUCCAGAGCCUUGGCAGCCAGGGCCCCCUGCACAUCUGGGUGGAGAGCCCCUGUGCUUGUCCAAACGCCUGCGCUGUGGGGGACCUGGAUCUGGGCACCAUCUUCCUCAUCAUCCUCUCACUCAGUGCAGCUGCAUACUUCAUCCUUGGCUCCUGCGCUCUCCGAUCGUUCCAGAGCAGCAGUGGGAUGCAGAUCUCUCCAGAGCGAAGCGUGUGGUGCAUGAUCUGCUACUUCUGCAGCGAGACGCAACCAACAGCACGCUCUCAGUCAACUCUGCGCCUGGGCUGAAGAGGAUCAGAAGAGUCAGCAGAGUUUAGGUUGUUUUGUAAAAGGCUUCAGUCAAUGAUCAUCAGUGGUGAUGAUGUUUGACUCGUGCAUUAUGCAGUAAAACGAGAUUUUAAAACGUAACCAAAGCAGAAACAGUUAAAAUGCUGGGAUUCUGGGGUUGGGGGGUGAAGGACGACACUCAGCAGGAGCCAACCCUCAACCCCCACACACUGUUUGGUUGCUCUGUUGGUUGUAGUGGUGGGAACUGGUCAGUUGUGUGUGUGUGUGUUGUUUCAGCCCCUUUUGGGGUGGGCAGCUGUGGGGGUUUGAAGGUUUGGGUGCACCUGCUAGACUGGUCCUGUAUGGGUCUGUGGCCCUGAUUCCAGAACCUGGACUGAUCUUCACUGGGGGGAGGAGACAGUGGGUUGGAUUUAGAGGGAUCUGAUUGGACCACAGGUUUCUGCCCCCAUGUCUCGCUGUUGGAGGCAUGGCUGCCCUAUGAGGGGUUCUGGUCCCUGUCCGCAUGGCACUGCCACAUUUCUUUUCCUCCUAACAAAUUAGUUUGUUUCUCAGUUGAAUUGUUUUUUCUAAAUAUUACACAUGAAGAAAAGCUUUGAAAUUAUAAAUCAUUUUAUCACAAAACCCUGGUAUUUAAUAGAGUCGAGCAGAUUUUUGAAAACCACCAUGAUCUGAAAAUCUGUAUUAAACACUAAAGAAAAAAAAUAGUUUCUUUGGCUUGUUUUAAUUUGACCUCAGAUAAUGUAAGAAAACAAAGCCGAGCAGAAAACAAACGACUUUCUGAUUGGUUUAAAUAGUAGCGGGCUUUGGGCCAGCCUCCUGCUCCCCCGGCGUCUCAUUCUUUGUGACUAAUUAGUGGUUAUAACUUUACCUCCAUCUCGUCUCUCUGUGUGGUCCCAACUUGCCUUGGCAGCUGUCUUUUAUUAUGAAACAAAUACAGAACACCUGUUCCACUUAGGAAGUUAUUUGUGUGGCAUUAGUGCAUGGCUUGUCCCAAACUCCCUCAUCAUGUUGACCGUUUUGGUACAGGAACAUUUCUUCUGCUGGGGCUGUUGGGCCUUCUUCACCAGAAGCGUACUGGUUGGAGUCUGGCUGAUCAGUGUGGAGGCUGUUUGGGACCAGCAGCAGUGUUGAUUCAUGUGGAGGUAUUGCGGAGGUGAACUGGCUCAAUCUGUUAUCUGCCCUGUGCCUUGUUGUUUCUGCUGUGAUGUCAGAGGGGCCCACGGCCGGCCUCUGCUGGUAUGUGAUGCCUGAACGUCGUUUGGUUUCGACCUCGCAUUCUUCAGGUCUGCAGAAAACGCAGCUAGAUGCCACACGGAACAGUAGCACCUAGCUGCGAUGAGGUCAACUCAUUAAAUGCAUCUCAGCUGUUUCCUUCCAGUACUGACGCUGAGCACUGCCUUGUUUAAAGGGGCGGGAUCAUGUAAAAUCAACUUUAUUGAGCUUUAAUCAUGUCAUAAUGUUAUUUCCUCAACAUAGACAUACCUGGAGUGUUGCCUUGAUUCUGUCAUGCGUGUUUGAGAAAUCCGUGAAUCUCCAUGACAACCAUUCAGCUGUGCAAAACACCUGGGUGGACCUAGCCCCGCCUUCACGGUGACAUCUCCUGUGCUCCUUCCAAGCACCCCUCCCUUCAUGGCUCUGCCACUCAGCUCCUUCAGACUAGCCAGCAGUAAUUAGCAAACCCCUGGUGGAACUGUGAAUCUCCUGGGCUCAUUAUUGGAUGACUUAAAAAAAAAAAAGAAUCUCCUAUAGCUGAAAAGUUACUUGUAAGUUACUUUCGUCUCAUUUAAAGUGCAUUAAGAUAUUUAAGUUAGUAAGAUUUGUGUUUUUGAAGUGUAAAAUCUCGAGUCUUUUGUGAUAUGAAGUUAACUCCAAAGCCAUCAAGCUUUUGUUUUGGGUCUGACUUAUUGGUUUUCUGCAUGUUAAAUACAUGACCUUAGGUCAUAAAUCACCUACCAUACAUUUUCCAGGGACUUUAUGUCUAAGUUCGUCUUUUAUUGACUGUGCAGUUUUAGCCCAAACCCCAAUUCACACCCAGAGCCCCCCUUGCCCCCCAUCUCCAUCCUUAGCUGUUUCUGCUCAGAUAUUUCACUGAAUUCUUUUGCACAGAACACGGUGUAACUUCAUCCUCGUGGACCUUUGUGUUGCACGCCGUGAUUCCAUGGAUAUACAAUAACAGAUCCCUGUCAGACCCAGUGGGCAUGCUUUCUCAUGCGCUGCAGUUGUUCUAAUUGCUUGGGAAAAUAGCUUUUGUCUCCCCACCCUCCAACUGGGAUCAUUCUGUGCAGGAUAGGAGAGUAAAACACGUCAAAUCUGACAAAGAAACAUUUAAUAAAAGUGAUGCAGGUGGCUAUGUUUGCAUGACCUGGAGCAGCGCCUGCACAUUUUUAACACCCUUCAUGACCCUCGCCUCACGUCCUCAGCAUUCUGCUCAUUCUCAUCACAUAGUUGCUGAAGGGAGAUACAGAUCCAGUCUCCAAACCUGUGCGGAGCCACAAUGUUCUAAACUAAACCCAAUCCUUGUCAUCACAGGGAAUUAUGGCUAUUUCUGAAGGCAAAAUGAAUUUAGUCAAAUUCAUUACCGAGAUGUAAUUUAGCAUUUGCCAACAAGCAUUACUAGCCAGAACUGGAUGAUGGAAUGAAAACAAACAAUCUGAACAACUGAUUACAGCUUAUCACCAAAGUUGUGAUCACGCAAAACCGCUACAAGGGAGAAAACAAAAAACAAAAAACUGUCAGGAAAGCCAAUCUGCGUAAUAAGCAAAGAAUGCAAAACCCAGAAACGUUCAUGUCAACUGGCAGUGAAAUUUUGUUUGAAUCAUCACAAACAAGCACAGCUGUUCCCGCCCAAAGCCAGAAGAAAACUCAAAUGUGCACAUUGUCUGGACCCAAUUAGAGAGACUUGCUGGCACUUGGAAGCUGUUAUGUUUGCUUGAAUGCUGAUUCAAAUUUCCUUUCAAGUGGUUAGCAGUGAGAAUAAACUGUCAUAUUUCAGCACCACACAGAAAGAUCUGUGGUGGCUCCGCUUCAGAUGAUCCCUAACUGAGGUUUCUGACUGUUCCUCAUGUUAAUCAAAGCAGGCUCAGGUUCUUUAGUCUAUACUGCGGGUCUCAGAGUAGAGACAAGAGAGGAGUCAGUUAUUUCGGCAUCUGAUUAAAUGCUUCCUUUAGGAAAUUUUACAGACAUGUCAGCCUGGGAGGACAAUCUGGGUGUAGUGAUGGACUCUGAUCUGAACCUUCAGACACAUAGAGACAGUUACAAAGUCGACCUUCGAUCAUCUCAAGAACAUUUCCAGGACUAAAGAACUUAUUUCCCAGCAAGAUCUGGAGAAACUCAUUCAUGCAUUUAUCUUUAGUCGCAUUGAUUACUGCAACAGUGUUUUCACAGGUCUGCCUAAAAAAAGAAAAUCAAUCCUCCAGCUGCAGCUGAUCCAGAACGCAGCUGCUGCUGGCAUUCUCACUAAAACCAGGAAGAUAGAGCACAUCACCCAGUUCUAAAGUCCUUCACUGAGAGAAUACUGCUGACAGUUUAUAAAUCACUAAAUGACAUAGCACCACAAUACAUAAAGCUCUGCUGUUGUCGUCUCAACCUUCCAGACCUCUCUGGUCUUCUGGUUUUGGGAUGCAGACCAGAAAUAGAACCAAACAUGGAGAAGCAGCAUUCAGCUUCUAUUCACCACAAAUCUGGAACAAGUGUCCAGAAAACUGAAAACAGCCGAAACCCUGAGUUACUUUAAAUCCAGAAUAAAAACCCACCUGAUCGGAGCUGCUUUUGCUUCCUAGUAACCAGAUCAUUGAUCAGAGCAUUUGAUGUAUAUUUGCUUGAUGAUGGCUUUGGACAAAAUGUAAUGUUUAUUGCUUGUUUCAUAAGUUGUGUACUUACUGAAUGUGCUGUACUAGAAAACUUGACUACAUUUCCCUUCAGAUCUGAGAAAGCCUUGGAAUGCCAGAGGGAGGAGAAGACGGAGGGAGGGAUAAAAGAACGGUGGGUCGCUUGGCUUCACAGAACUUUGGCCUAGAACUUAGCAGAGCUGCACAGGUUUGAUUUGAACAUGCUUUAUCAAUUACUCACUUGCUGUGUGACUGACCGGAUCUCUCCAGUUUCUCCCAAGUGCAGCCCCACCUUCAUGGGCCUUUUCAACUUUCUUCCCCACACUGCGCCAGAGUGUAGAGAAGCUCUGCUUUCCAGCCUCCCUCUGUUGCACCUUUGCAGCAGAGGGCAGCAGAAUCUCUGCUCUGUAACACACUUUAUUCAUCUUAGGGAAAAAUAUUAAAUUUUCAUUGAGAUUAAUGACUAAAUGUAACUUAAAGGAAGGUAACAAACACCUCCAGAAAGAACUUUGAAGAAAAUUUCAAAUGAUGUCAAAUAGUAGAGUUGAGAGAUCAAAUGAAAAUAAAUGCACUCUGCUGAUGAUUAAUUAUUCAAAAUAGUUUUAACAAGUUUCUAUGUAAGGAAGCCCAGCAGGCUGCAUCCAGCCAUCGACCUGCAGUGUUCACUGCUCCUGGAUGAGAAUCUAGUGACAACUGGGUGACACUUUACUUGACAGGUUGUGAAUAAGACUGUCAUGACAUAAUAUGAGUAUUCAUGAAUAUUUAUGACUGUUGUCAUCAGGUGUCAUUUGGUAAAUCACGACUCUUUUAAUACAAAGUUAGACAUUGUAUUACUCUUAUUUUUAUCUGACGUUACGUAUUCUUCAUUGAAAUGCAUGCAGCUGUGCCAACAUCAGGCACUUCAUGUUGAUGCUGUGUGGGAAUUUAUUCGGUUUAGCAGAGUUUCAUCAUUGUGACAGACUUUUCUUAAUCUAGUCUAAAUUCAAUAAUUGGUAAUUUUGCAUCUAGUAAUUGGGUGUAUUUAUGUUUUUUUUGUGUCUCUUUUUAUUUCUUCCAACAUUCUUGUUCUAUAAAGUCACAUUCAGAGUUUCUUUUAAAAAAUACAUUUUAGUUCAGUUAGUCUUUUUAUUUUUAUUUUAUCUAUUUUUCAGGCUUUUAUUUAAUUUUAUUUUUUUUACUUUUUUUUAUAUAAACCACGUUUGUCCUCAACUUGAUCUUUGUUAGCACACUAGCGCUACUUUAUACCAAACUAACUUUUAGCUGCAUAAAAGAUAUGGUUUUAUGAGUAAAAAAAGAUGUUUGUAGUUAGUCAAAUCUCUUAAAUUGAUUAGCAGUACAUUUAAAUGUGUAUUUUUUCUCAUCUUGGAAAUGUGGCAAAGGUCACAGAAAAAGCUGUGUCUCGCUUUUUUGAAUAAAAUCAGUUUUCAAAAGUAAA